UUCCCUUGAAAAGGAAAUCCAUAACUUAUCUCUUCAUUCCCAUUCCUUUAUCUUCUUCUUCCUUUCCUUUCUUCUCCUCAGUCUGCCCUAAAAUUAUUUCAGUAUUACUAUUCUUAAACUUAAGUACCCAUCUAAUCUUUCUAUACCAUGCAAAAUCUAAGCUUGUUAAAUCUUAAAUCUUGUAAUUUUUUGAUAUUAUUUCUUUGGAUCCGUUGAAAAAAUAAAAAAAACCCUAAUUUUAUUUUAAUUAAUAAAAAUUUAAAGAAAUGGAUUUCAUGUUUUCAAAUGAAGGAAACAAUAAUAAUGCUAUUUAUAGCUAUAGUUCAGUCAACAGUACUACUAAUACUAUAACAGGAAACUCUUCCUUCACACUCACUACAGGAAGUUCAGAAAUGGCGAGUUCUGACUCAGUGAGUAACGAGUCAUCCUCACCACAACCACCAUCGGUGGUUCAGUCGAGUCCGAGCCGGUACGAGAAUCAGAAACGGAGAGAUUGGAACACUUUCAGUCAGUAUCUGAGAAGUCACCGGCCACCGUUACCGCUUUCGCUUUGUGGUGGUGCCCACGUGCUUGAGUUUCUCAGGUACUUAGACCAGUUCGGAAAAACAAAGGUUCAUAAUCAUGCUUGUCCGUACUUUGGGAUCCCAAACCCUCCAUCCCCUUGCCCCUGUCCGCUCAGACAGGCCUGGGGCAGUUUAGAUGCCCUCGUAGGCCGUCUCAGAGCGGCCUACGAGGAACAUGGCGGACGGCCUGAGACAAACCCGUUCGGUGCUCGUGCCAUCCGCCUUUACCUUAGGGAGGUAAGGGAUUAUCAAGCCAAAGCCAGGGGUGUUAGUUAUGAAAAGAAAAGAAAGAGGCCUCUUCCUAAGAAAACCCAAUUGGGAUAAGGAGUUUAUUUGCUUGAUUCAAUUUGAUCUCUUGAGCUAAAGAUCAAAUGGAGGGUAUUAUCAAAUCUAUUCCAAAAAUGGAUAUAUAUCAUUAUUAUGAUGAGCUUCUUUUGCUUUUAAAUUCCUAUUUGUACUACUUGUUUAUCUGAAGUAUCUGAAGUUGCAGAUGAUGUUUGCUAUCAAAGAUCAAUUAGAAACAAUCUUUUUGUAAUAAUUAAUAAGAAUGAAGUUGCGUACAUCUGACUUCUCAAAUUCUGCCUAUGUGGAAGCCACUUAACGGCAUCAAACUAAUGAAAUGUACGAUGAAAAAGAAGAAGAUGUUGAUCAUAAAGAAAUCUUUAUUAGUAAGUGUUAAUUACCUUUUUUUUAAUAUGCUUGACCCUCAGAUCAAGUGUGAUAUAAA